GUCAGUGUGAACCGUACUGAAUGAAAACAAAACAGAAAGCAGAUGAUUCGCAAUCAAUGAAUUUGCAAUUCUUAUUGUAAUUCCAUUCAUUGCUUUUCAUUCGGCUCGGAUUGGUUCUAGUUCUCAAAGACAAAGACAUCCCAUUUGUAAUUCAAUGGGUUUUUAACCUAACGGUAGUUUUUUUUGAAAAAGUGGUGUUUGUGCUUGAAAUCGUGAAGAGCAAUAAGAGCUCCCAUGUCCGACGCAGUGCGGAACCCGUUUAUCGAUCCGACGACGGUGACUCGCCAAACUAGAGACCGUGCUGGAGAAGACCAUGCAGCAACCAUCGAUCUGCCCGAUGGGGACGAAGGCGAUGACAUUCCCGCAGCGAUGACCGAAUCGUACAGUGAAAUCGCCUACACGCAAAAUUUCUUCGGUACCGGUAAUGCAGAUGAACCGGACGGAGGCGGAGCCACCGAUGAUGGCCAGCACGUACCUUCUGGGUCGUCUUCAUCGUCCUCGUCGCAAACUCGGAAGCGACCAGACUCACUGAACUGUGACAAACGAAAAGACGCUUCCUUUCCCUACAACUUGGAGGGGACGGUUCGAGUGGACGGAAACAUGACACACUUUGUGGCCGAAAAUCUUGAGUACAAAAUCAAGCUGGCAAGUCCGGUGACGGUGACGCGAAAGGAUUCCAGCAAUCUGUCCGGGUCUCGACAGAGCACACCUUCGGCCGCAACGGGUGGAAUGACCGGUAGCGGGCCCAGCGGUUACGGCCUGAUGCCAAAGCCAUUCAUGAUGCCACCCCAUCUGCAGCAGAUCGAUCCGAACGUGCUGAAUGAAAUCGAACGGGAAGCCCAAGCGCUGGCCGCUUCGGUUGACAAUCUGACGGAAAAUCUCUGCUCGGUGUUGCACUCGAUUUCCUCGAUCACGGCGGAUAACGUGGAAAUCUACAAGAACGCCGUCACCAAACUGACCGACUGCAUGGAUGGGAACAUCAAGUGCAUGUACACCAUCAUGGCCAAAGCUGAGGAGAUAUCGAAGGCGAUCAAACCGGCCGAAGCAUUGGCGACGCGAAUACGAGAGAUAAAGCGGCUCGUUGAUAUGUUCGAAAGUAACGUUUAGAACUAGACAUUCCGCUUCUAUCUACAUCAAUAUUGCGGCAUAUAGUGGAGCCAAGGGUCAGAAGCAUAAUCAGCACCGAUCAGAUGCUUUAUGGAUCUCCGUUUACCUGGCUUCCUUGGUACGUGUCUGCGAUGAAAGGUUAACGUGAGCACAUGUAAGUACAUAGUUCACUACAUACCUACUAGAAUUAAUAUUUAUUUCCAUGCUACA